AUGCCUUCCUUGACGCGUGGCCAGCGGCGUUUGCUGCAGUACGCGACGCGCGACGGUGCAGCGGCGGGCCUGAAGCGAAGACGCGUGGAGGAUGUGGCGCCCGCUUUGCUGCAACGCAAAGAAAAAUGGAGCCGUACUUUGGCCACGGCGACGGCGUCCACCGACGCAUCACCGGCUGACGUGCCGCUCAGCGCCGAGGUGGUUGAGUUCCUGCGGGAACACUGCCCGAAGGCCCCCCGCCGCCUGCGCCAGAGACAACUUCGUGCCAUUCAGGACCUCAGCAGCGCAGGUUGCCAGAGCGGCGAAACUGAGGCGCAUGAGGCGUUCACCAUAAAGCGUGUUGAGCUGGAGGGAGACGUCGGCGCCUUCGCCGUGAUGGCGCUCGCGGCACUGCAGAGGCGUGCGCUGUGGAGUGGGCCCACGCUGCACGGUGCCUCUCUGCUUGUUCUCGUGGAAACCGAUGCGGAUGCGGCGGUGCUGUCGGCGCACAUGAAGAAGGCGUACAAGAUCGCCCAUGCGCUGGUGUUGGACGGCUCCCGCUUUCCGACGUUUCCGCUCUUUGAAAAGGAGGACAAAACGGCGGCGAAGACGCUGUCAGAGCGUACGGCGCUGGUGGUUGCGUCUUUGCAGGCGUUUCUCACGGUGGAUGCGAGGAGUGCGAUUUGGAAGUUUGUUGGCGCCUACGUUAUUUGGCUCAAGUCUUCUUCCAAGACCCCCGCGCCGCUGCGGGACAUGACGGACGACGCGAGAAGGGAGUUCUACGAGAGGCUGUGCCGACAGCGUUGGGGCUGCCUGGGGCACGUCUCCGUGGCGGCCGUCAUUGCCCCCUCGCGCGACUCCCUCUUUGCCGCCGUGGCCGACGUGUUAACCACCGCCGUGCCCGCGGCGGAGGGGGCGGCGCAGCGUAGUGCCACCGCCACCGAGACCGUCGUGGGCGGCGCGGACGCAGGCGAGAGGGAGAUCAGUGCCAGCGAUGGCGCGAAGACGGGGUGCGAGGCGGGCUGCGCCGACCCUGUUGCCGCCUUGCGGCGCCCCGUGACGGUACACUACGCCGUGGUGGAAGGCGCCCAUCGUUUUCAGACGCUCUACACACUUUUGAUGAGUCUUCGCGCGGGGCAAGGGAUUGUUGUGCACUUCGCCACGAAGGAGGCCUGCCAAUUCUUGCAUGACGUGCUGUAUGCGCUAGGAGAGCUGCCCACCUCGGUGCUGCUGCUCACAGACUGUGAGGGGCCCAGCACGUAUGCCUCUGUGCAAGACACGGAGGAGGAUCGAGGGCGCCUCUGUGCCCAGUUUGACAAGAUCAUCUCGGAGGCUGCUCACGCCGCUGCAUCCACCAAAGACAAGAAGAAUCGCGUGGUGCUUCUUUCCGCCUUUGGACUUGUACCGCAGCGGGGGACCAUUUUUGUCCAAUACGACGUCAUGGUAGACAUCGUGAACUUUGCCCAGUUUGUCAGUGAUGUGUUGACGCCGGCCGCCUACAAUUUUGCGGCUGUGGAGCCGACGAAGCGGCGUCGCUCACGCACGCCACCGCCAAGCAGAGAUCGGAAGGCGUCUAAAGGGGCAGAUGCCGCGACCGCUCCGCAGCCGUCGCUUCCCACCAAGGCAAUGUAUGAAAGCGUGUUGGUGUUUCUGCGCCGAAAUGAACUGCCGGCCGCCCUGAACUUCCUCCAGCGUCCUGCAAAGCGACUAAACGUCACGUUUGAGCCGUUGUCUCAGCUUCCGUCCGCCACCCGCUUUUUACUGUCGCUGCAGAAGAUGCGUUCACUGCACAGGAAGCAGUUUUCCGUGCAAAACGCCGCCUACGCCGCCUACCGGGCGACCAUGCUACUUUACUCCCUCAUAGGUCCCGCAGAGGUCUACAACGAGCGGCGUGUGGAGCUGGCAAAGGUGGCCGAGGAGUUUGGCUACACGGAGGUCCCUGUUGUCGACCUCCGCACCCGCGACACGCCGUUUCGUCCGAAGGAAGACAUCUUCCGCGCGGCCGCGGAGCAGGCGGCGGUGGAGCGCCGCAGGAUGCGGGCGCACGCGAGGGAUCACAUCGUGGGGGAGGCCCCCGAGGAGCACAUCGCCGACGACGACGUGGCGGAGGGGGAGGAGUAG